GUAAAGAAUAUGACAUUGGUUUAGCUAUAGAAAUAUUACAAGGGCUUAGAAAAAGAAUCGUUCCUGAUUCAUCUAAAGAUUAUGUAAACAUACAGUAUAUUACGGAUAAUGAGCCAGAAAAUCGCCUGACCAUGAAUACAGUGAUUGAUGAAUUAAAUGCAAUAAUUAUAAACGUAAAAAUUAUGGAUUAUAAUAAUAUGAAAAAUGAUGAAUCAAAUCUUCAAUUAUUUGAGUAA